CCUUUACAAGACAAGAAAUACCAUUGGACCAAAGACCCAUUGGUAAGAUUUGAAUUGUCUUGUACUUUAUUAUGUAGAUAUAUAAACAUAGAGAGAGAGUUAACGCCUGAGCUUCAAUCGAAGAUUUGAGAGAGCUUCAACCAGAGAUCUGAGAGAGCUUCAAUCAGAGAUCUGAGAGAGCUUUGCCAGUGCUAGCUUGUUGAGAUCUGAGAUUUGCUCAUCGACUGUAGAGAGAUGAAGGGCUGUCAUUGACUCAACUGUGUGUGUGAGAGAGAGAGUCAGAGAGAGAAUCCUUGUCGUCUGAGAGAGGGAGAGAGAGAGAAAGGAAAAUAAAUGUGGCCAUGUGGGGGUGGGCUGGACAGUGGGCUUAGAUAGAGACGGUUUUUAGAGACAAACAAAGAUAAUGUUUUUAGAUUUAAAUAGUAUAUAAGUUAUAUAAAAUUAUUAUUUAAUAAAAAAAGGAGUCGGGGAGUUUUUUUGAAAAGGAUCUAUGGGUUUUAUUCGACUCCGACUUUGAUAAACUCUCCGGCGGAAGCAGAGGCACAGGGGGAGGUGGAGGCAGAGGCGGAAUUUCGGAUUCUCGCACACCGUUACUCCUUACCCAUCAUCAUCAAUAACACCCCUCUUUACCAAACCCGCUUCAAACCUAGGGCAAAUAAAACUAAAAGGAGCAAUUACAAAUGGAUUUACAGAAGCUUGCACAAUCUAGGAAGAAUGGUGAAGGCGAGAACCAGUCACACAUGCAGAACGAGUGACGUUGGCAAUGGCAGAAGUGACUAUAAGGUGAGCCAAAAGUCGCAUUCAAAAUUCUGGAAACUUGCAGGAAAAUUAGUUCAUUUGAUUGCAGUGCCAGAAAUCAAGCACAUCCAAGCGAUAAAAGUGAGACAAUAUCCAGCAGUUCGACUUGUGAGACUCCUUUGCAUGGAAAUUGUGAAGUUGGAUUACUCAAAAGCUGCAUCAAUAUUUAGAGAUGCACUGGAAGUUGCAGCAAUUACUGGGGUUCGUGAAGUUGUUGAAGAGAUUUUAUGUUCGUGUCCUGGUGCAAUUUAUCUUAAAUAUGAUCUUGACCGGUCGAUUUUCCAUCUUGCAAUUGCGAAUCGUCGUGCAAAUAUUUUCAAUCUGAUUUAUCAAUUCAAUGAAUUUAGCAACCUAUUGAUCUCCAGAGUAGAUAAGUCAAAGAAUAAUUGUCUACAUUUGGCUGGAAUUUUGGAAAGUCAACAGAAACUGAAUCUCAGAGAUCAUGCCGCAGGUGCAGCUUUUCAGAUGCAGCUUGAAUUACAGUGGUUUAAGGUAGAUGUGAUUGUUGAACAAUACACCUUAGUGGUUGGUGUCUAUCCUCCUAUGCUGAUAUGCUAA